AUGGGCUCUCUCGGAACCGAAGCAAAGCUCCCCUGGAGCGAGACGCCAUGCGUCUUCAGCCCCCAGAUGUCCCGGGUCGCGGGCUGCAACAUAUACCUCAAGCUUGACAACCUUCAACCCAGCGGCUCCUUCAAGUCUCGAGGUAUUGGCAACCUCAUGACGCGCGCCGUCGCCGCCGCCCCCGGGGAUGUUCACUUCUACUGCGUCUCUGGCGGCAACGCGGGCCUCGCCUGUGCCACCUCGGCCGUGGCCUUGCGGAGGCCCGCCACCAUUGUCAUUCCCAUGACCACGUCCAACCUGAUGAAGAACAAGCUCCUCGACCUUGGCGUCGAGGUUCACCAGACGGGCAAGAACCUGGCCGCCGCUGACGAGUAUCUGCGAACCGAGCUUCUGCCCAAGGACCCCACCGCCGUCUACGUCCCGCCUUUUGACCACCCCCACGUCUGGGACGGGGCCUCGACCAUUGUCCCCGAGCUGAGGAGCCAGAUGGACGUUCCCAUGGACGCCAUUGUCUGCAGCGUCGGCGGUGGCGGCCUCUUCAAUGGCCUGAUGCAGGGCAUCGAAAGCUACCCCUGGUCCGGCAACAAGCCCGACGUCGUCUGCGUCGAGACGGCCGGCGCCGACAGCCUUAACGCCUCCCUGCGCGCCAACGCCCAUGUUACCCUGCCCGAGAUCACGUCCAUUGCCACCUCCCUCGGCUGCUCCCGCGUGUCGGCCGAGUCGUGGAAGUGGAUCCAGUACCCCAACACGCACAGCCUCGUCGUCUCCGAUGCCGAUGCCGCCAUCAGCUGCGUCCGCUUUGCCGAUGAUGCCCGCCACCUCGUCGAAAUCUCGUGCGGCGCCGCCCUGGCUACCGUCUACCGGGGGGACCUGAGGGAGCGCCUGGGCCGAGGCCUGACGGACGGCGAGUGGGCCGACAAGAACAUUGUUCUCAUCGUCUGCGGCGGCUCUGGCGUGACGCUGGGUAUCCUCGACCAGUACCGGGCCGAGUACGGGUCUCAGACGUCCAUCAAGGCAUAG